AUGGCCAAAGAUGAGACAAGGGGCGCGGAGAGUGAGUCACCCGACUCUCGCGCUGGCCGGAAGCGCCCCACGGGGGCGUCUUUAGCGGGCCAGCCGGCCGAGGACGGCGGCCAGUUCGACGAUGACGAGAACGAACUCACGAACCUCAAUUGGCUCACGGAGCUGAAGAAUGGCUACAUGCAGCUGGCCGAUGGGCCCGUCCUGGACAUUCCCAUGACGCGCUUCAACAAAUUCCUCGACGAGCUCCGAUCGGACCGCGACAAGUACAGGCAGGACGAGGAGUACUACAAGAUGAACGCCCAGACGAAGCCACCCUUCAACUACGCGCACCUCAUCGGGAUCAGCCUGAUGGAGAACGGCAGGAUGACGCUGCAGCAGGUGUACGACUGGAUCCAGUCCAGCUUCGCCUACUACAGGCUGUGCAACACCAACUGGCAGAGCUCCAUUCGGCACAACUUGUCUCUGGGCUACUUCUUCAAGAACACCGCGCGCGGCGGCAACGAGCGCGGCAAGGGCGGCUACUGGGAGCUGGCGCUGGACUCGCGCAAGUCCUACAAGAAGCGCCACAAGAAGGCCAAGAAGGCGGAGAACGAGAACGCCAAUGGACAGCCGCCGGGCGGCCGGACAUUCCUGCGGCGCGUGAAGAUGAAGAGCCAGCCGAAGACGCGCGUUCAGGCUGCGAAGGCGGCGGCGCCCGGGAAUUCGGCCGCCGGCCAGGAGCCGAAGAUUGCCAAAGACACCCCGAGCCUCGUGUCGGUGUGCCCAGAAGAUGUUUCGCUCAAUUCAAAGAUUUUUGCGGAAAACGAAGUGCCUCAGCCCGUGGAUGACGUCGAGAUUCCCUACUUCAUCAACACCAGCUCGCCGAACGUCAUCGUGGAGCCUCUGCCCUACAACUUGCCGCCCCUGGACGACUACAACUUCACCACGUCCUUCAACGAGCAGAGAAUCUUCGAGGACUUGCUGGAGUACGAGAAUGAGUUGCUGUAGUGAAACUCUUGUGAUGGUUAGAGAGAGAAUUUACUUCAGUUUUCAGUGUGAUUAAAGAUUUU